AUGGACCAGGCUCUGGUUCUGGACGGGUCAACUUGCGUCGCUCCAUCUUCCUGGCCGGUUCCGGACUCGGUCCCCGGCACCACUCCGCUCUGGUCCUGGUUCUGCUCCUGGGAUCCACUGGGCCCGGUGCGGCCCCCAUACUCCUACUCAGCCCUUAUCGCAAUGGCAAUCCAGAGUUCGCCCAAUCAGAGGCUGACGUUGAGCCAGAUCUACAACUUCGUGUCGACCCAGUUCCCAUUCUACAACCGCAACCGGGCCGGCUGGCAGAACUCCAUCCGCCACAACCUGUCGCUGAACGACUGCUUCAGGAAGGUUGCCCGCAGCGACGACGACCCAGGUAAGGGCAGCUACUGGACUCUGGACCCGGAUUGCGGGAAGAGGUUCGACAACGGCAGCUUCCGCCGCAGGAGGACGAGGAAGUCUGACAGGAAACCAUCAUCAUCAUCAUCAUCAUCAUCAUCAUCAUCAGAGCCCAGCUCCAAAUGUCCCAGCAUGCACUGUAGCAGCUCUGCUCUUCCUCACUCCGAUUCCUCCUCUUCAUCGCUCAACGUCCUGGUUCCAGACUCUGCUCCUCCUCUCCCGCCUCUUCCUCUCUUCCCCCCAGCCCAGUGGACUCCCCCCCCACUCCCCUGCCAGGCCGACCAUCAGGCCUGCAUGGAGCCUGGUUCUGAUCCGGGUUUCUCUGAGUUCUUCAGCGAUGCUCUGCUGCUCGACUUUCUGCUCCUGCAGUGA